AUGCCUGGCGAGUCCAAUAAAGUGGAUACCUUGAGCUCUUUGCUGAAGAAAAAGAGCCAAAGUCUGUCUUCCAAAGAUCUCAGAAGAAGAGCAAGCAGAUCUACGAAUGAUACUGGGACAGGGGUAAGCUUUAUAAGAAGGGCAUCGGGUGAAAAUCGGACGUCUAGAGAGCAGGAGAGGGUGGUGCAGGGAGAUAAUUUGCACCUCAAAAAUGCACAUAACUCUCAUCAUCAUCAUCGCCGUGCUCAUAAUCUAAUUUACAAGGCCAGGCAGCGAUACCACCAGGCAGAGCAUGCUAAGAGGAAGCCGGAGUCGGUUGAAAUGGCAGUAACAUCGUCUUCGUCUUCUGUUUCGGUGCAGACCGAGGGCAGUAGUGCCAGUAAUGGGGAUAAUGGAAAUGUUAACGUGAGUAAUGUCAACAGCAGCAGUGCAGACUCGAGCAACGACGUUUCCAGCACUGUUAAUUCCAACAACGCCAACUUUGGCAGUCCUGGUUCCGGUAAUACUGUUUCCAGCAACGCUUCUUCCAUCAACGUGAAUAUCGGUAGUGCUAAUUUCAGCAAUGCUGUUUCUGGCAACGCCAACAUCAGCAUCGCCACUCCUGCAAACACAAACAGCAGCGUCGGUGGAACUAACAGCGAGGCGAGUGUUGCUGCGGCAGGAACUUUUGUGGGAGCACUCUGUUCGAGAAUCGAGAGAUCUCUUCCAUUGAGGUCCGGGAUGAGUUUGGCGCAACUAGAAGUGGAUCCGUCAUUCACAGAAGCCAGGCGGCACCUCAUCUCGAUUUCCUCGCAGGGAUUUCUAGACAUGACGCUUCGUGAGUUGUACAAGAUGGUGGAGAGGAUUCUGAAAGCUGGAGGGUCUGACUUGGGCUCCAGCAGCAGGAGUUUUGACCAAUUAUCGUACUCGAGCUCGGCAGACACGUCCUCGAGUGCUAGUGUUCAUGCUUCAGGACCUGUGACGCGUUUGGGUGCCAAUAUACCGUUUAAAUCGCCUGUUCCAGGCUUCCCAGUGCCUGUUUUAAGGUCUCUGGAUGUGGUUCUUGGUCUCAUAUGCUCACUAAUGGUUGUCUCGUGGGAUACGGCAGUUACCCAGGUUGCAGCAAACGCCAAAAUUUACCGUGAUUACGGCAUCCAGGGCUUCCCAUCCCAGGUCAACUGUGCCAUUUACUUCACCACCAGCCCGAAGAAACUCGAUGUUGAUGUUGCAAACGCUCUUUUGUCCCUAAUUCCGGGUCUCCGAAGCGAGUAUGACAUCAUCCAAAGCCUUCGGGGCAUCACCGAAUCGCCAACUACAGAAUCGAUUGUGAGUUCUUUGGAGAGACACCAGGUCCGACGGUCUGCCACCCGGCCAACGGCCCAAAGGUCGGAGGCAGACAUCCUCGUCGCGUCGAUCGACCUGAACGUGUCGAAAAUAUGCGGCUACCUGUCCGCGUCGAAUCCCGCCGAGACGUACGAGUAUCUCCGGCUGAAAUUCACAAACAUCAACAUCGAAAGUCUCUAUCUUCCGUCGGUUGACGUCGUCGGCCUCCUCCACCUCGAUAAGGAGAGCUUUAUUGCGUAUUUGAAGAUGAUUUCCGGUGUAUUGAAGGUUUCGCGGCGGCAGUCGCAGACGGCACUUCUUCUUUCGUACUUUGCCGAUAGCAUAUUGCAGUGGGCAGUAUACCGGACGGAGGACUUCUUGCAGACGCAGAAAGACCCCAAGGUUGUCCGAAUCGUCGGCCCGCUUUUUGACUCACUUCACAAGUCAAUGGACUUCAAGUUUUACCACCGGGCCUCGUUCAAGGUUCUUUCCAUAUUGCUGUUAUUUCUCCCCGAUCGGGUCAAGGCAGCAGCUGCAAAAGAUGGUGCCGUGCAGAAAUCCUCUUUUUCCAUCAAGAGGCCGGCGCUUUUCAAGUCUGUUGACCCGAAGCAGAUGUUCAUGAUGAAUUUCCGCAAAGUUCUUCGUGAGAGCCCGGCUUCGGCACCUUCGUUGACCCGGUUUAUCGGCAUAGGAUGUGUGAUUUCGCUCUAUGACAAGGAUAAUGCCAUUGCCGUGUUUGCGAGAACGAUUUUCGAUAGUGUCAAUCGUGACAUUUCUCGUCUUUCAGCUGGAACUUUGGACGUCAGCGAGUACUUGGUUCCUCCAGACCUUGUGCAGAAUCUUGAAAGGGACAGUUUCGCGAUCUCCAUGGUGCUAAAGCCGGAGGAGACCACCGAACGUAUCAAAGAUGCCUGUGGCAAGUCACCAAGAGACUUGGAGCAGCUUCUGGCCAUAACAGAGGGCCUAAGGCUUCUUGCGCAGAUUCCAUCGGUGCUGAACGUGCUUUUCCGCCGGUAUGAUGACCUGGCCCCCUUCUUAGUUGCAACACUUCGGCAGGUGUGUGUUGAAAUUGCAGAUGAAGAGUACAGCAGCAAGAGUUCCGUUAAGCCGGGCAUGGCCGCCUCGUUUAAAAGCAGUGCAAGCGAGAUUGAGUCGGCCGUUGAUAAUGACAGCGAUACUGAGAAUGUGAGCCAGAGCAACGUGAGAGACGAUGAGAUACAAAGUGCAACGAGUUUGAACGACGUGAGCUCAAGCGACAACGACCAAAAUGAGGAGAACUCGAGCUCUUCGGAGUUGUUGAACUUGGAGGAGGCUUUGCGGUCGAAGUUGAGCCACAAAUCAUUGUUGGACGAGCCGAUUUCCGGGGCGAGAUCAGUGUCUUUCGGCAAAAUGAGGCGGAAGCGCCGUACAGGCAGCACAGCCAGCUUGAAAGAGCAGCCUGUGAGCAAGUACAAGAAGGCGGAGUUGCGGCACUUGAUCGUGUCGAACUUGUUAGAUUUGUUCAAGAUAUGCCCCUUCUUGGUGUAUUCAUUCUUGAAAGGUCCAGUAGUCGAUUCGGCACUCGAUUAUGUGGAGAUCGACCGCAAGUUGUCGCCGAUUUUGAAGCCGGUCGUUGAUCUUUUGGUGGUGGCGAAGUCAGAUGACAAGCUUGUGCGCAAAGUGGAGGCGUUCGUGUUGGUUUUCCCCGUUACAAUCACCAACAGCUGCCCAAGGGAGGCCGUCGUUGGAUAUUUGACAAGUGCGAUUCUCGUGGAUGCAGUUUCGCAAGUCUCGACUGGUUUCCCGAUCGAGCAACACGACAGAGGCGAUCUUUUAAGGCUGUUGGCCCGACUUAUCGUGACAAUCCACAAGAGCUACAACGUGGAAGGCCUUGCAACCACAAAAUACGACAAAGAGGUCAAACGAUAUCACGAGAGUGGUGGUUGCCGGAGGCUCAUGCGGAGUUACGAGCGGGCACUAUUCUUGGGCCUGUUCAGCAACAACGUGUACACGAUCCGGGUUUCUCGCAAGUUGCUUUUCUCGUACUUGCAGAUCAUCUCCAGCAAGUACCACUACGAGUCAUGCUUUGAGCGUGCAACCGUGCCGUUUGUCAAGAGCUUGUUGUCAGAAAAGCUCCCGGUGGGCAAGAUGGCCAUCCGAAAGAAGAUUCGCGACAAGCUCUGCCUGCUGAAGGAGCCAACCGACUUGUUGCUUGAUGUGUGGAACCUCAUGUUCUCGAAACUCGAAUCCACGUGCCUGGAGUCCGGUGAUGCUGAGAAAUGCAACUCUGUCACAUGUUCCUCCGGCUGCUACGGCCAGUAUGUGGCCUCGUUGGGUGGAAUAAUCCUCUCUCCAGGGUUCGAAACCGACCCGCGAAGACCGGAAAUGCAGCAGAAGCUCACGAGUUUCUUGGAUUCCUGUGUUGUGUCGAUCUUCAGCAACGAUCCAGGCCAUCGUGAGCGGUGCAGGGAGGCGUUGUGCGUGUCUGUGCAUCCAUUCUUAUGCGGCAAGCUCUUGCUUCUGCUCGAAAAGCACCUGCCAAGGUUUUAUGAGGCACUCGAAAUGCACCGCUACGUGUCUUGUGGUCUCUACAUCGAUGUUGUACGGUCUGUGUGCCAAAUCGACGCGUCGGAGCAGCUCUUCUUGUCGACGCCCAGCCUAUGGACGAUCAACUUUGAGCUUUUGAAGCAGUUAAACUUCGUGUCGAACGACGCCAGCUUCCUCCGCCUCAAACUCAAGUUCUGCAAGCUGCAGGUACUCUUCUUGUCGAAAUUCGACGAGCUUGCCAUGCAUGGCAGCAUUCAGAACAAAAACGAGUAUGCUAAGUAUGCCGCCAAGUACAUGGAGGACUCAUAUCGCAGCUCAUCUCUCGCACACGAGAAAAAGGGCCUCUCCACAGUCAAUCUUCUCCCAUUUGAGAAUGAGAGCAAGGGGGCCGAACUUUCUCCCCGUCAGCUGGAAGAACUCGAUGAGUUGCAUGCAGACAUCAAAGUUGAAGUUUCCGUGAUGCUCGAGACCAUAUUCCGGCGGCUGCCUUUGGACACGCCGGGCCACUCGUCCAAGGACGAUCGUCUGGCCGCGACCGUUGUGUUUUCCAACUACUUCAACAUGUUUGUGCGGAUUUUGGAGGAGAUGAACGACGAAAACGAAAAGGGCUCAGGGCCGGGUUCGACCCGCGAACUCACAGAUGCUGCACAGCCACAGUCAGCCACUAAGCCGGCACAGCCACAGCCACCCUCUUCACAGCCACAGCAUCAGGUUUCCCCAGCAUCCAUGGCCACCGGCAGAAGACUGAGGGCCAUUGUGCGUCACGUGAUCCAGGCGCUGGUCAACUUGCUCAGCAGCAACUCCAGCAUCGGCUUGAGCUACGCCUUGCCCUUGGGAUACCACGAAGAUACUCUGAUCAGGGUCUCGUUGAUAAACGUGUUUGCCAAAAUUGUCGGCGAUGUUGCCACACACCACAGCAGGCGGCACUCGAACCGCAAAAAUCUGUUGCAGCGGCUCACAGCGAUGCUGUUCGAGGAAAAAGGACAGUCGUCGUUGUUGCUAGCGUCGAUCGACGCUUGCCCGCGGUCGGAGGUCGAUUCGUUUGCGAACGCGCUUUUAGAGGUUGCUGCAAGCCGUGGACGUCAGCUCAGCACUCUGUCUGCGAUUUUAGAGUCGGAGAUCGACGGUGUGGCGGACUCUGUGGAAAUCCUGAGAAGUAACACUGUUGCAACGCGGAUGGUGGCACUUUAUUCGCGGUCAGAGGCUGCAGACUACCUUGUGGAUACACUCCACCCGGUUUUGCAGCAAUUGUUGGCCGAGGAGGUGACCUUUGAGAUCGAGAAAGUUGACGGACAGACAUCCGUGGACCGCGAACGGAAUCUCGACCAGUUCCUCAAGUAUUUACAACUCACGGUGAACGCAAUCACGGAAUCGGUCAGCCGGAUGCCACACGGCAUCAGGGUGAUUUCGCGGGCCAUUUUCAAUGCCACCAAGGCGCAAUUCCCGCAGUCCACGUACGUGGCACUUGGUGCAUACUUGUUUUUGCGGUUGUACAACCCGUCGAUCGUCUCGCCAGACCGCGUCGGUGUCGUCAGCACUGCCGAUGCCGUUUUCAAGCGGUCCGUGAUCCAGAUUGCACGCACUCUUCAGAUUAUGGUGAAUGCAGGCGACCCGUCGGCAAAAUUCCCGCUUUUGAGAAAUGCUCGCUCUGAGCAGUGUCUGGUCCGAAUGUCGUCACGCAUUAUCCAGUUUAUGGAUGCGGUGAUCGACGUUAGCGACGUGCCGGAGAAGCCGGUGCAGCCGGCGGGAAAUGCAGGCCCUACGUUCUUCCACAUCUUUUUCUACGAUCACUGGAUGGCCGUCCGGCGGAAAUUCGUCGAAUUGUCAGUGGCCGACGGCACCAGGACCACCGUGGGCGAUACCUGCGAGAAAAUUCGACGCGUCGAUGGCGUCCUCGCCGACUUGGGGCUCCCAGACCGGGUGCAGGGAUACCAGAUUCCUGAUGCAAUCAAGAAUGACCGCUCGGAAAGGGGAAUGCAGCUCUAUGACUUCAUGUCACAGGCAGCAUUCAAAGAUGUCGGGCAUCCAUGGCAUGGAAAGGGUGCAAUGAACGUGCUGGUGACCCGUGACGGAUUCCCGUUGAUUGUGAUUCGCUUGUCGGAAUUUAUCCGUUAUGUGGAUGCCGUUGCCAACGCGAAAAGUGCUGCGGGCACCACCAAGCCCGAGCCGAAGGCAAUCUCGGCUGAUCCGGCGGUAAACGCGGCUGUUUACAGGUUGGUCCGGGCCGCAAGCAAGUACUGGGAGCAGCCUUAUUGCUGGUUGAUCGACUGUACCGGAUUCCAGGACGAUCCUCGUUUUGGUGUUGCCUUGAGCAUUUACCGGCGGAUUGUUCCGGACAAGUAUCGUUUCACGUGCAAGCGGACGUACUACUACAAUAUUCCGUCCGAGUUCUUCGAGCAGAUGAAGCAGAUGAGGCACCGGAUCAUCCAGGCGGCCGCUGCUCAGCGAAAAGGCCUUCUCAGCACUUCUUUUGUUCCCGGCCCGCUUACUGAGGUUGCUUUCCUAUCUUCGGAGAGCUCUGCCCAGGAAAUCCACGAUGCUGGGCUCGUGAGCUUCACGAGUGAUCUGGCCCACGAUGCACGUGUUGUUUUCCACGAUGUCUCCCUUUACCAGAAGCAGGCAAAGCGGUUUGUGCCGAUGAACAUGAAGAUCGGCAACCGGUACAUGCAGAUCAUUGCCGGUCAGCCCCAGCGGUUGAAAAUCGGCUCCAAGAUGCACAUGGUGCGGACUGUUGAUGUUUAUCCCGUCGAGGCCUUGGACCAUAUUGCUGCUAGCAGCUAUGUUGGAGUUUUCAACGAGCUGUCCAUCACUGAUUCGCGGACUGGCGAGAGACUGACUCUUGCAUCUCCAAAGCGCGUCGAGAUCAUGCGGACUUUGUACUUGAGCCGUGCACGGAGGGGCAGCGAGGGUGAGGAGAUGGGAGAGAAUGAAAAUGAGGAUGAGCAUGAGAAUGAAAAUGAGAAUGAAAAUGAGAAUGAAAAUGAGGGCAUCCACAACUUACGCUCUCACAAGUUGUCCGGGUGCAAUGCUGCAGCCACAAUCGAGCGGGGCGUCGGCCAGCUGCUGAAUAUCUCGCUUACCGGAAUGUUGGCCUCGUACAGCAAUGUUCGGACUGCCUCGUACGCUCUUUUGGGUGCUUUAGUCGAGCUCUUUGGGCUUGAUGUGGGCCGCAGAGUGGAGCCGGUCAACGGGGUGACUUUCCCACCCGGUGAGAUCCACUACGUGAUCCUCGUUUCGCAGCAACUCUCGCACACUAGGCCGGAGUACACUUACUCGGUGUUGUCAGGCUUUUUUGCGGCUCUCGACCGGUCUGAUGACUUCAGCAAGCCGUUCAUCGUCGCAUACAUCAGCCCCUGGGUCAAGAAUUUGUACUCGCACGUGUUCUGCACCGCCCGAGGCGGUCCUAAGCGUGCUGCUCAGAUUGUGAGACGUCUUGUGCGUGCCUCUGCCUCUGGUGCGGGCAGUGCUGCGGACACGCGUUCGAACCCCAGUGCGCCCGAUACCAGUGCCGGUGUACCCGGUUCGAACCCUGCUCAGGGCACCUCUCUGGGAAACAGCACUGUGGCCCAGGCCUUUUUGCGUUACGUCUGGCCCCAGCUCUCGUUGGAGGACCAGCUUGUUGUGGCGGUGAUUGACGAAAUAGUGGCUGCUGCUUUGGACCGCGAGGCCGAAGGUUACAGUCUUCCGGCGGGAUAUUGGCCUCUUGCUCCUACCAUGGAGGUUUGUGGUGUUUUGCUCCGCCGGCUGAGGGAGUUGUCGUAUGUUUUCCACCGGGACAGACCGCAGAUCGAGCUGCACACGGCCUGGGUUGAGGCCACAGUGUUGGCACGGUUUUUGGCCCGGCUGGUUUUCGACUCUCGUCUUUUUGUCGACUCUUUCCUGGCCGACAUCUUCUAUGUCGUUACUAUCUUCAUGGAUAGCGGCCCAGGGGAGCUCCGCAGAUGCAUGCUAACACUGUUGGUACGUGCAUUGCACGCCUGUAUGGCCAUGCCGGAGAUUUCGCCUGAUCGCCGGGCACAUGUCCGUCUUCUCAUCGAAAAACUUAACGGUGCCAAGUUCCAGAUGCUCUUUGCGGGAUCCCAGGCCGGAGAUGUUUCUUCGCUGAAGGACCCGCUUCAGAACACACCCGAGAAUGUUGUUCACUCGAUCGUCUCGCACGCAACAGCAGUUUCCCGGGUCUGUGACAUGCUUGUGUCAUUUUUGAGCACUUUCUCUUCCAGCGACGACUGCCACCUCCGGCUCAUCCAGUGGACCAGUUAUGUCACCAACAUCGCCUUUGACAACAAGUCCACCUUGCAGCCACAGGGUGUACUUGUGCUAGGAAGUCUUUCUUGCGUCGGGGCUAGCGAUAUUGUCGCAAUUCGUCUUUUGGGAAUCGCCUGCCGGGUUCUCACACGCUGCAAAGGGUCUGUGACUUUCUGCCGGGCGCACGCCAACUUGUUGGCCUGCACUUUGCAUUCUCUCUCACGGGCAGUGCAGGGAAUUUCUCCUGGAUCGCCUUUCUUACCCCGUCUAUUCUGGCUCACAUACACGGUUGUUUUCUUAGACAAUGCCGUGUGUUACAAGUAUGGCUUGCAGUUGAUGUGUAGUGUGAUUGAGCGGAUGGGUGAGGAUGAUGGGGAAGAAGAGGAGGAGAAGGAGAAGGAAAUCGUGGAAGAAGAAAAGGAGGAAGACAAGGAUGAUGAAAAGAGGGAAGACCGGGAUGAUGAAAAGACCGAAUUCCAGGAUGAUAAAAAGACAGAAGUCCAGGAUGAUGAAAAGACGGAAAUCAAGGAAGUUGAAAAGAUGGAAGUCAAGGAUGAUAAAAGGAACGCUGAUGAUGAAAGGAAUGUUGAUGAUGAAAAGAAAGAAAAUAUCCCACAUAAUCCUCCACCAACUAUCUCUCUUGCCGAAUAUCUUGCAAAUCAUCGUGCCUUCUUCGGAAACCUAAUUCCUGACUUCGAGAAAUCCAUCGGUAUCUCCUUCUCCAUCCGGAAUUUCGACGCUAUCAUGAUCUCCAUCUGUGCAAAAGGUCUCUCUGCACCCCUUUGUGCUGCAACCAGUGUUGAUACAAUGCACGCCUUGCUCAGAAGACGCUACAAGGAUAAAUGCACAGGCUAUGGCGUCUACUUGUUCUACGCCUACGUCUUAUCCUCGUCCAAUGAGCAAUUAAUCGAGACACUCAAGGACUGUGGUGUCCCGAUUAAAGAUGACUACUUCUACCCUACACUAGGCACAAGCAACACCUUGAUUCCUCGCCCUGUCGUCUACUGGUACGAUAUACACAGCCCUAAUGUCAUUGCAUGUUGCUCUGGUGCCUUGCAAUACUUCAACAGUGGUCGUGUUGAUGAAGUCACUUCUUCAAGAGCCGUUUUGUUCCUCGCCACUUUGCAGAAGGAGAAACCUGAGGAGGUUCUUGCCAUGUGGUCGCAACUUUCCUCCGUGUUGAAGACUUUCAUUGCUGGCUCAUCUACUGCCUACUUGCUCGAGAUGUCGCUCGAAAUUCUAUCCAGUAUGAUGGAAACACCAGAAGGCCGAAAAGCACUCAAAGGUGAUCUCACGUUUUCCGAAUCAUCCACUUUGGAAAACUUCGGCCUUGGUGGCCUUGCCAAUAUUGGCUUUACAUGCAAGGAAUCUGCACAUGGCGUUAUUACUCCGAAGGUGCUUGCUCAUGGUGGUCGCAGCUUAGAUUUCGUCUGCACUAUGUUGAAUAAGCUUCAGGAUACUUCUGCUGACGAAUGA